ACAGAGACUUACAUAUUUCACGUGUAGCACAUGAAGAGAUCCAAAGCAGCACGAUAUGCUAUGUCCAAACACAAAACUACAAAGUUUUCAUAUUUUAAUAUGAUCCACUUUCCCCUUUCAUCAUUCAUCACCAUUCACUAAUAGUACAAUAGGCACAACUAGAUUAAACAAUAUUUGCAUCCAAAAUGGCAGAAUCUCCAUCCACAAACACUACUCUCAGAUUAUCUGGAAAAAUUGCCAUAGUGACCGGAGGUGCCAGUGGCAUCGGCGAAGCCACGGCUCGUGUCUUUGCGAACCAAGGCGUUCGUAAAGUUGUGAUCGCCGAUAUCCAAGACGAGCUCGGCAAUCAAGUAGCUAUGUCCAUCGGUAAUGAAAGGUGCGCCUUUAUACAUUGUGAUGUUGCGAAUGAGGAUGAAGUUCAAAACCUCAUUCAAUCAACUGUCAAUACUUAUGGACAGGUAGAUAUAAUGUUCAGCAAUGCUGGAAUAUUUAGCCCCACUAGUCAAACAGUAAUGGAACUUGAUAUGUCUCAACUUGACCAUUUAUUUGCAAUAAAUGUUCGAGGAAUGGCAUUGUGUGUGAAACAUGCGGCACGUGCAAUGGUUGAGGGUCACGUGAGGGGAAGUAUCGUGUGUACAGGGAGUAUUCACGGUAGAGAGGGAGGCUCAAGAUCAACUGAUUACACAAUGUCAAAGCAUGCGGUGUUGGGGCUAAUGCGCGCGGCCAGUGUGCAACUGGCAACACACGGGAUAAGAGUGAACUGUGUCUCACCAAAUGGAUUGGCAACACCUUUGACUUGUAAGUUGUUGGGAAAGAGUCACGAAGAUGCACAAGAGAUUUAUAAAAGCUUAGCGAGGCUCGAGGGAGUGGUGCUCACGCCAAAACACGUGGCGAAUGCUGUAUUGUUUUUGGUUUCUAACGAGGCUGAGUUUAUUACAGGUCUUGAUCUUAGGGUUGAUGGUGGAUUUGUUCCGAAUGAUUUAUGCAGAGUGGUAGACAAUGCAAUGCCACAACCUUAGGCUUUAUUUCUUUUAGUUUUUAGUAAGUUAAUGUUUUGGUUCUGUUAUUUUAAAUCA